AUGGAUAUGUCUAGGAAUUUGCUUUCAAACAAUGACCCCAAUCUCUAUGGCAACGAUGACGCUUUCGAUGCCUAUAUCGACAUGGAUUUCCUAAGAAACGAUGCCAUGGAAGAAGAUGUAGAUUUAAGAAGCAUGUCAAAUUCAGAUCUAUUCCAUUAUUAUUUGGAAGAGGAGCUGAUUAAGGACCCAGAACUUUUGGAACAAACUCCUACCACGUAUUCAACACCUACGCAAUCUGCUAACGAAUUUUCUUUAGUAACUGAUUCAGUUCCUGUCAAUGAAGAUUUAAAACUUACACCAAUGUCUAUAAUUGAAGGGACCAAUGAAGUUUCUCAACAACUAGUCCCUUCUACUGCGGUUGCCCCGUCUUUGGCCAUGCUUAAUGCGCAGUUGGCUGAAUUAUUAGCAAAACUUCCUACAAUUAAACAAGAAACUACUACAAAUAAGUCCGCCUUAUCGACUGGUUCUAAUUCACCAAAGUCUAAUGAGACUCAAACAGUAAAUUCUUCAACCAAUUCUGUUAACAAUGCUCAGAAAAGCGAUGAUAAUAAUCCAGUUGAUUUGAAGAAAUUAUCAUCGAAAGAACGACGUCAAAUUCGUAAUAAAAUUUCUGCCAGAAACUUCCGUGUUAGAAGAAAAGAAACUACAAAAGAACAACAACAAGAGGAGAUAAAUAUACUUAAGCAAGCUUUGGUGCACUUGCAAGAAGAGAAUAAAAAGUUGCAACAAGAAGUUGACAAAUUGCGAAAGCAACAGGAUACCAAAUCAAUUGUAACGUCGCCACCUUCACCACCACAUAUUCCCUCACCAUCAUCAGCAAGUAAGGAUAAUAAUAAUAUAAAUUUAUCAUUAUCCAAAAUUACAAGUAAUAAUGGUAAAAUUUCACGAUCCAUUGUUAAUCAAAAUAAAGGAACUAUGCCUUCUAUGCCACAACCAUCUUCGCCUACUUCUCGUUAUCUUGUCAUUCCUAAUGUUAAUAAAGACGCGUCACCUUCGUCUUCAUCUGCAAACAAAAAAACAUGGCAAGAUUCGCGUGUUAGAGUUCAAACAACUUUCAUUCCUGAAUUCAGCCUUGACAAACACCUGUUCGAAGAAAAAUCCGUAUCAUCAUAUUUGGAUUUCCGAAACACUUAUCCAUAUAGAUAUCCUUCAAUGAUUAAUUUGAUUGAAUUUAGUCAGAGCAAGGAUGGUCAAAGAUUUUGGCUCGCUCAUAUGUUAAUUUCAACUGCAAUGCAGCAAAUGACGAAGUUGUUUAUUGAGGCAGUAUGUGCUACACCGAUAAAUCAGAUGAUUUCUGCACUUUUCCCAAAUUCUAACACCCCUGCAUUAGAACCUGUAAAUGAAGUUGAUCUUCAAUCCUUUGAACCAGCAACUAUUACUCCUCAACCUUCUUUGAAGGACGAACAGCUUAGUGACGACGUGACAGAAGUUCAACAGCAAUCCUUGUUGGACAGCAAUACAAUGGUUGAAUCUGUCAAAGAGGCCUCUGUCUUGGAUUGGUUAUAUGAUGCUAUGGUUAGCCAUGUAAUUGAACAAAGUCAAAGGGAAGUUAAAAUGAUGGAGCUUAGUGAUUGGGUUGGUGAAGAAUGGGAUGACAAUGUUUUACCAUUUUUGUUUUAA